AAAUAAAAGAUUAUUAUCUGAAUAUUUGAUUUUAAAUUAAUAUUGUAAAAUAAUUUUUGUGACUAUUGUUGGUUUAUUGAUGUAUUUUCGGUAAUAAUAUUCAAAUACGGAGAACCAUUGGUUUUCCGUUAUCGUGCCGCCGCCUCAAUUUAUCUGGCAACGACUGUAAUUUCCAUCUAUUGUAAAUAAAUAAAAAUAUAAUAUACUGGCUGUUACUAAUAGACAGUAGUAACAUACAUUUAUCUUUUUUGUUAUUCAAAAACACAAAUCUAAUAAACAGGAAUAAUUUAUAAAUUAUAAUCAUUUCUUUAUUUAAGUACUUAUAUUAUUUGGAAAGAAAAGAUGAGCAAACCAAGUGCAGGUAAACCAUUGGCUUCUACAAAAACUCGUCUGAAUGAGCUCAUUUCUUGGAGGUUAAUCAAGAAAAACCCAUCAGGUGGAUUGAUAUGGGGAAUUUUUGGUGCAUCAUUAAUAAUUAAUAGUUAUUUUUGGGUUCAUUUCUUAAGGCGUAAAGAAUAUCAAGUUGACCACAAAAAACGCAUGUGGAAUGAACGUUUUGAAAUGCUUGAAAAUCCCGUUAAGAUGAAAUUAUAUUAUUCAUCUGAUGAAACAGUGCCAAAACCAUGUCAACCACUAACUGAUGUUUACAAAAAAAUGCAAGAGGCAGAAUCCAGCAACUGUCUGAAAUGUAAACGUGAAACUGAUCCUAAAAAUGAAUAA